AUGAAGUCCAACGGCAUCUUCCCUCUUGUGGUGCUUCUUGCCCUGGGAACUCUGGCACCUUGGACUGUGGAAGGUGUUGAAAAGAUGCCUUCGAAAGCUGGACGCUGCCCUCCUAGAACACCUGCCAUGUGCCUUAGAUAUGAACCACCUGAGUGCAAGAGUGACUGGCAGUGUCCAGGGAAGAAGAAAUGUUGCCCUGAUAUUUGUGGAAUCAAAUGCCUGGAUCCUACUGCCAUCUUGGUACCAGAUAACAAGAAGCCUGGGAAGUGCCCAGUGGUCUGUGGCCAAUGUAUGAUGCUCAAUCCCUCCAAUUACUGUGAAAAGGAUGGCGAGUGCAAGGGUGACCUCAAGUGCUGCAAGAGCAUGUGUGGGAAAGUCUGUAUGGCUCCUGUGAAAGCGUGA